AUGGCCUACGGUAUGUUGCACGUCGUCAGGCGCCUCCCCAAGAACGCACUGAAGACAAGGCCGCCGCCAGACGGACGGCCCAGUUCGAGGUCAACAACGAAACACGAAGGGCCCACAGGGGGAACGAGACCGCCUGUCCAAGGAGGGGAUUGUCAACAGUUGCUACGUCCUUCCGUUAGUACGAUAUCACUUUCUAGUUCAUCCAAUAGAAGGUCUUUUGAUCAAUGUCGCUAUUUUCAAACAAGUGCAAUCCUCUGGGAAGAACACGUUUUAAAGACACCAGCUUUUGCUGAUUCAGUAUCCGAAGGUGACAUGAGAUGGGAAAAAAAUGUUGGCGACACAAUAGGAGUAGAUGAAGUUGUUUGUGAAAUCGAAACAGAUAAAACUUCAGUUCCUGUCCCCUCACCAGUCAACGGAAUUCUUGCAAAGCGACUUGUUGAAGAUGGUGCUACUGUCAAAGCUGGACAAGAUUUGUGUACAAUUACAAUCACGGAAGGAGGACCUGCACCAGCCAAAGCAGCUCCUAAAGUUGAAGCUGCUCCUAAGGUUGAAGAUACCCCUAAAGCUGCUGAACCAGUACCACCUGUGCCUGUAGCAGCAGCAGCUGCUGCCCCUGUUCCUGCAACACCUCCCCCACAAGUAUCACAGCCCCCACCACCAAGAGUAGCUGCACCACCGGCAGCUGCCCCUAAAAUGUCUCAACAACAAAUUGCCACUGUUAAAGUACCACCAACUGAUCCCACCAAAGAGAUAGCUGGAACCAGAUCAGAACACCGUGUUAAAAUGAACCGAAUGCGAUUACGUAUUGCCCAACGAUUGAAGGAUGCUCAAAACACUAAUGCCAUGUUGACCACUUUUAAUGAGAUUGACAUGAGCUCGAUCAUGGAUUUCCGUAAAACCAACCUUGAUGCUUUUCAAAAGAAACACGGUUUGAAAUUAGGGUUUAUGUCUGCAUUCUUAAAAGCGUCUGCUUAUGCCCUACAAGAUCAACCGUUGUCAAUGCCUGUAAUAGAAGGCAAUGAAAUUAUCUACAGAGAUUAUGUUGAUAUAUCCGUAGCUGUAGCAACUCCUAAAGGUCUAUUAGUGCCUGUCGUGCGCAAUGUACAAGAUAUGAAUUAUGCAGAUAUUGAAAAAACCAUUGCUGCUCUCAGCGAAAAAGCGAAGAGAGGUGCUAUCGACGUUGAAGACAUGGACGGUGGUACUUUUACUGUCAGUAAUGGUGGAGUUUUCGGAUCUCUAAUGGGAACACCAAUCAUCAACCCACCACAAUCUGCUAUUUUGGGAAUGCAUGGAACUUUUGAAAGGCCUAUUGCUAUUAAAGGACAGGUGUUGUGUCAGACCCAUGAUGUACAUAGCCUUAACAUACGAUCAUAG